AUGGAGCCUCAGCCGGCAGAAGCCACCGACACAGCCCAGUUCCAGGGUCUGCUGUCCCGGGGCCGGCGGUCCCCGCACCCCCCCACCCUGCACAUGGUCAUUGAGGCACUGCGGGCCCAGGGCAAGAGCAAGGGCAGCUCUGUCGUCGCCAUCAAGCAGUUCAUCUUGGCCAAGUACCCCACCGUGGAUCCCAUCCGCCUCAAGUACCUCCUGAAGCAGGCGCUGAGCAAGGGGCUGAGCUGUGGGGUCCUGGUGCGGCCCCACAACUCCUCCGCCAUAGGGGCCACCGGCAGCUUCAAGUUAGCCCCCGAGAAGCUGUGGCGCAAGCAGCCACCGCGCCAGGCGGAUCCUGCCAGAGGACAGGCCCCGAAGCUGGGACAGAAAGGGACCACCAAGCCCCCCCGGCUCCGGCAGCCCCGGCUCAUCCUGAGGAGCUGCAAACGGGGACACAGGGAGCCGCUGCCUGCUCGGGCGCUGCUCAGAGGGAAGUGGUGA